AUGAAUUCCAAGCUCUUCCUGCUGACUGCCCUGGCGGCUGUGAUGAUGAUCGCAAGUGCGACGGCCCAAGGCGGACCCUGCCCGGGCGGCUUUUGGCCCGAUGCCAGCGGCUGCUGCCCCCAGCUCAUCAACGGCUUCGGCUACUACCGCGACGUCAAGAACCAGUGCUACCCCAAGAGCAUCGGCGGCCACGUCUUCUACGCUGACUCCAACGGGUGCUACCCGAACGAGCACGGCGUCUACAACCCGGCGGGCCAGUCGUGCCCGAGCGGACAGCAGUGCCACCCCAGCUGUGUGAGGCCCGACGGCUCGUCCUCGACCACGACCAAGCAGCAGACGACCACCCAGCAGCAGACCACAACCCAGCAGCAGACCACCACCAAGCAGCAGACCACGACUCCGCAGGAGACUACCACGACCAAGGAGGUGACCACGACCAAGCAGCAGACCACCACUCCUCGCGAGACCACGACGACCAAGGAGGUGACCACCACCAAGCAGCAGACCACCACUCCGCAGGAGACCACGACGACCAAGGAGGUGACUACGACCAAGCAGCAGACCACCACCCCGCAGGAGACCACCACAACCAAGGAGGUGACCACCACCAAGCAGCAGACCACCACUCCUCAGGAGACCACGACGACCCAGCAGCAGACCACCACUCCUCGCGAGACGACCACCACCAAGCAGGAGACCACCACGACCAAGCAGCAGACCACGACUCCGCAGGAGACCACCACGACCAAGGAGGUGACCACGACCAAGCAGCAGACCACCACUCCUCAGGAAACUACGACGACCAAGCAGCAGACCACGACCCAGCAGGAGACCACAACCACCAAGCAGCAGACCACGACUCCUCAGGAGACCACCACGACCCAGCAGCAGACCACCACUCCUCGCGAGACCACCACGACCAGGCAGGAGACCACGACCACCAAGCAGCAGACCACGACUCCCCAGGAAACCACCACGACCAAGCAGCAGACCACGACCCAGCAGCAGACGACGACUCAACAGCAGACGACGACCAAGCAGCAGUGCCCCGGUGGCCAGAAGCCGGACCGCAAUGGGUGCUGCCCGCGUCUGAUCAACGGCAAGUGGUACUACCGCGACGGCCGCGGCUGCUAUCCGACCCAGACCUCCAAGGGCGUGUUCUACGCCGACGGCAACGGGUGCUACCCCAACGACCACGGCGUCUACCUGAAGGCCGGCCAGAGCUGCCCCCACGAACGCCAGUGCAUGCCCGAGUGCGACAACUGA